GGGCGGACGGCUCGGCGCGGGCCUGCUGCCGCUCGCUCGGGGACUUGGAGGGACCUCGCAUCAGGGCAGAAAGGACCUGAGCCCGGACCAAAAGGGCGGGCAGGGGGAUCAGAGAGGAAGCGGGGCCAAGGGCUACGGGGGCACUGACGUUCGCCUCUGUCUGGAGCGCACGGAGCUCAGCCCACCCGGAGCCGGCCUCCCGGGGACCGAGCGAGGGAUGCACGAACGCUGAGUGGAGCUCCGCGCUGAGCGGCGCUCGGGACCGGGGCUGAGACGCGCCUUCGCCACCGCCGCCGAGACCCCAUUGCGGCGGCUCUCGGAACUGGAGCGCCCAGCGUUGCCCAAAGGCUCGGGACUUGGGCAAGUCUAAGACGAUGGUUUCUUAAGCACCGCCGCGGCCCCCGUGCGCCCCCCGACUGGAAGCUGGGAUCCCCUGCGGGGUCCCGGGCUCGGUCUCCCGAGGCAGCCCGCACGGCCACCGCCAUAGGCGCGCACCGGCUCUGCGGCCUCUGUCCAGCGCUCAGGCGCGCCCGGGGGAUGUUAGGGCACCUGGCGGAGUCCCGGCCUAGCAUGGCCCGCGCGCUGCCCGACGUCGCCUCCGGCUAGGAUGUCCCCUUUGGGCCCGGCCGGCGCCCACCCCACCCCGGCCGAGCCGCUGUCCCGCAGCAUCUUCCGGAAGUUCUUGCUGAUGCUCUGCUCCCUGCUCACGUCCCUUUACGUCUUCUACUGCCUGGCCGAGCGCUGCCAGACCCUGUCGGGCCCCGUCGUGGGGCUGUCGGGCGGCAGCGAGGAGGCGGGGGCCCCGGCUCGCGGCGUCCUGGCCGGAGGCCCGAGGGAGCUGGCGGUGUGGCCAGCGGCGGCGCAGAGAAAGCCCUGGGAAGAGGAGACCCCUGGCCAGGCCGUGGGUCCCGGCGGCUCCGGGGCCGGAAGCAGCGUGGCCGAGGCCCCGCCGGGGACCCUGGCCUUGCUCCUGGACGAAGGCAGCAAGCAGCUGCCGCAGGCCAUCAUCAUCGGCGUGAAGAAGGGCGGCACCAGGGCGCUGCUGGAGUUCCUGCGCGUGCACCCCGACGUGCGCGCCGUGGGCGCGGAACCCCACUUUUUCGACCGCAGCUACGACAAGGGCCUCGCCUGGUACCGGGACCUGAUGCCCAGAACCCUGGACGGCCAGAUCACCAUGGAGAAGACGCCCAGCUACUUCGUGACGCGGGAGGCGCCCGCGCGCAUCUCGGCCAUGUCCAAGGACACCAAGCUCAUCGUGGUGGUGCGCGACCCGGUGACCAGAGCCAUCUCGGACUACACGCAGACGCUGUCCAAGCGGCCCGACAUCCCCACCUUCGAGAGCCUGACGUUCCGGAACAGGAGCGCGGGCCUCAUCGACACGUCGUGGAGCGCCAUCCAGAUCGGCAUCUACGCCAAGCACCUGGAGCACUGGCUGCGCCACUUCCCGCUGGGCCAGAUGCUGUUCGUCAGCGGGGAGCGGCUCAUCAGCGACCCGGCCGGGGAGCUGGGCCGCGUGCAGGACUUCCUGGGCCUCAAGAGGAUCAUCACGGACAAGCACUUCUACUUCAACAAGACCAAGGGCUUCCCCUGCCUGAAGAAGGCCGAGGGCAGCAGCAAGCCCCACUGCCUGGGCAAAACCAAAGGCAGGACGCACCCCGAGAUCGACCGCGAGGUGGUGCAGAGGCUGCGCGAGUUCUACCGGCCUUUCAACUUGAAGUUCUACCAGAUGACUGGGCACGACUUCGGCUGGGAUGGAUAACAAUAUAAUUUAAAAAGAAAAAAAAAUAUCAAGAUAUAAUAUAUUUUUUUAUCAUUUGGUAGAGAAAAGGCAGUUUAAUAUUUGUGCUGGAAAUAUUUGUUGCAGUAUUUUUUUUCAAUGAAUGUUAGGAUUGUCCUCUCCUCUGUCUCAUCGUAAUGUGUAACCGACACCACACGUUUGGAGGAACAGAAAAGGAAAACGUCACUCGCUUAGAUACUUUCAUGUUCCAGUUUUUAUUUUAUGUUCUAUAUACCCAGUCAUGAAGUCUAAGCAUCAGUCUCUAUUAAACAUUUUAAGAAAAAUCCCAAGGAUAAAACUUCU